AUGGAGUUAUCCAGCCCGGCAGACCAUUCCAACGAUUGGCAUACCGGAGGUUUUGUGAUCGGAAUUGACAUGGGACCAACGUACUUUGUAGCUUCGUACAGCUUUCACAAUGAUGGAAUUCCGAGUGCCCAGGUUGCCCCUUCAGUCAUUUGUAAAUGGCCUGGCCCUCUCCACUGCUGCAUGGCAGAUAUAAAAACGCCAUCAAAGAUCUCGUACGAUGCUAACGGGGGCAUUUCUUGGGGACUGCAUAUUGAAGGCAAACAACACGUUAUCUCAUGGUUUGAGUUGCUCCUAGUGGACGAUAACGACCUACAGCCAACUUUCCGGGAUUUGGAUUACAUCCAAGAAUCAAGACGUAUCAUCGGUGUCCUGGGCAAGAACCCUAUCGAAAUGGUUGGAGACUUCCUAGGAAAGGUCUUCGAACAUAUUGUCAUGUGUAUUGGCCAGGAAAAGGGCGAGGACUUUGUGAAUGGCAAGCCUUUUCAUGUCGUUAUUACGGUACCGGCAUUUUUAGGGGGAAUCCAACUCGACAGAAUGAAAGAGGCAAUAGGGUUAUCCGAAAUCCUAAGUGCUCGCCCCAACCGGGUCCUAAAAACUACCUAUAAGUUUGUUACGGAGCCAGAGGCGGCUACUGUAACUAUAGCCCCCGAGUUGAACAGAUGUGAUAUACUCAUCCCCGGAGAUUCAUUCAUCGUUGUAAACCUCGGGGGAGGAACUACUGAUUGCAUAAGUUAUGUGGUAGAUGACACUGAGCGUUUCGAGCUCCGAGAGGUUGUCGAAGGCGAUGGCGCCAUUGGUGGAGCUGUACUCCUUUACCAAUCAUUUCGUAUGGCAAUCAAGAAAAAGAUUAUGGACGAAGAGUGUAGAUCUUAG